GAUGCCUGUUCUUUGAGACCAUGCCAAAAUGGAGGAAACUGUACGGUUGACGGCAGUAGCAGCUACAUUUGUGAAUGUCCUUUGGGAAUUGGUGGCCAAAACUGUACCGAAGGUAUCAAUUAAUGUUCUUGAAAUACAUUUAACCAUGCAGCCGUUUUUCAAUUUACAUGUAGUUUGAUACAAUGAGUGUCGUUGAUCAUGUGAUUGACUCUACGUUCAAGAAAUUGGAACAAUAUCUACAAAAAGGGACAAGAGUGUUGAGACGCUUCCAUAUAGAAAUAUCCAUUUCCCCCGCGUGUAACCCUACCCCUUCCCCCAAGUUAAUAAUUUUUAUUUUCGACUCCAGAUUCUUUCUUCAACUACAAACAACAUUGAUUCGGGGGGUGGGGGAUUAACGGCCUUUAAGCAAAGUUGUUUAAUAAAUGAAAUUGUCCAUAAAAGCGCGCGUUUUAUAGAAGUCUGUCAACUGCUUUUUGUCACUGAUUGUAGCCUCAAGGCAAAAGAAAUUCUCGACACUUUAACCAAUACUUUGUUUUAGUUAGUAUAUAUAUUUUCUUAUCAGCUCUUUUUAUGACUUGAUGACUUGAUAACGACGUAAGUGAAACCUCGAAACGUCGUUAUUAACGAAGACGAUUUUAAGCAGUAUUUAUAGCGAAAUAUCUUACGGUACGCUUAGCUGGAGGUCAUUAUUUAAUUUCCCCAACAGACGUAGUGAACGAGUGUGAUUCAGCACCUUGCAAACAUGGUGGGAAUUGUACAGACGGUCUCGGAAGGUUUGAUUGUGAGUGUCCACAGGAUUACGCUGGUCGCCAGUGUGAAUUAGGUAAGACAAAUUACGCUUUUUACCUUGCAAGAAAAACUCAAGAUCAUGGCCAUGACUUUAAAAUGACGUUGCUCCGCAGAAAAGCCCAUGUACGUUUUUUUUUUACUCGACCCCAUAAUAUAUUGAUUACCUAAACCAACGUCAAAAGCGAAGUUCUCGUGCAAUCUUUGCAGAGAUAUCUUUCUGGAGUAAUUCACCUUUUGUCAUAAGAGAGAAGCAAACUGAAUCCCUCCUGAAUGAAUAGACUUGAGCCAGCGAUCAACUGAAAUCCAACAACUAGUCAGCGUCACCUCAAUAAAUAAAUUGUACACAUGAGCCCACUAUUCAAUCUUGUCACACUGGUCAGCGGAUACGCAAUUUUGACAGCUGUCAGUUGACCAUAACAUGGAUGCCGAAUAUCAAGUUGCUGGACAUACAUCUCGCGCUCGAGAGCUCCGGUAUUAACUACUUUACUUCCCUUUUGUAUUAAUAGCUUGCGUUUCACAAACAUUCAACCUUGUGUUCGUCGUUGACGGAUCAGGAAGCAUAGAGAACCCCCAAAAAGGAAACUUUCAGCGUGCAAAAGACUUCAUUAUUGAAAUAGUAAAGUCUUUUAACAUCGGAAAAGAAGCAACACAAGUAGCACUGGUGCUUUACAAUAAUGAACCGGAGGUUGUCUUUAAAUUUAAAUACAAGUUUGAUGAAAUAGAGGAAGAGAUCCAAGAUAUGAAGCACCCAGGCGGAGGUACUAACACAGGCAAAGCACUGGACGAAGUACGCAAUGAUGUCUUUAAAAAACUGAAGAAAGAGCGCGAAGAUCUUCCAAAGGUCGUUGUGGUAGUGACUGACGGACGUUCUCAAGAUAACGUAUCAGUACCCGCUCAGCAGCUUCGCGAUGAUGGUGCAACUAUUAUCAGUCUUGGGGUUGGUUGCUGCUUUGACGAGGAUGAACUUAACGAAAUGGCUACUGAUCCCGAUGAAAAGCACGUUUUAGAAGCAAGUUUUUCAGAAUUGGAUAAAUUUAAAGAUGCAAUGAAAGAACAAAUUUGCUCUGGUGAGUUACCUGCUAGAAUAUCUUGUCCUCUACAUUGUAUAUAACACUGGACAACCAAAUCAUCAAGCGUCCACCUUUUCCAAAUUUGAGGUACUAUAGGUUUCACAAUUCUCCUUUGUGUUGGUUGGCUGUUUAUUUGUACUUGCGCGGGGAGGAAAGAAAGAGAGGGUUGUUUGCAAACAAACGUGGCCCGUUACAUUAUCAACCUAAUCAUAUGGGAAAAGGUAUGCACCGUCUGCCCUCAUAAUUUUUGUCAUCUUCAUCAACAACACUAAAGUCAUCAUCAUUUAUAUCCUCAUUAUCGUCAUCGUUGCCCUCGUCAUCAUCAUCAUCAUCAUCACCAUCAUCAUCAUCAUCGUCAUAAAUGAGGGGUCAUGUAACAGCUGCUCGAAAGAGAAGUCACCGAUGGUGCGUUUCUCUGACCCAAAACAAUACUAAAACAAUUUGAAUUUUGGCAUGUCAUUGUUUUCUGCAACCAAUUAGGAGUGACCUUACGGGCAGCUCCUACACGAUUCUGAAAAUAGCUUAAGAAGAGAUAAAGUGCAAGCGGCAGUCACGAGGAAUCGCAGCUUUUAAUGACGUUUUGUUUCCUUGUGUACUGAUAUGUAAGUCCUUUUUAUUUGUUAUUUUUAGCGGUUGACUUUUGCUCAAGUAACCCUUGCCUGAAUAAUGGAACAUGCACCAGUUUAACAAGUGAUUUUCAAUGUCAAUGUACACCUGGUUGGCAAGGAAAAGACUGCGGCAACGGUUGGUACUACAUGUCUAUAAACAACUAAUCCGUGUCCACCUUACAGGAUUAAGCUGCCUUUAACUCUGCUAUUUAUUUGUUUUUGUUCUUUUAGAUAUCGAUGAGUGUGCUAUUAACAGCACUCAGUGCGGGGAUAAACAAGUUUGUCAUAACUUCCCUGGCGGAUUUACAUGUCUUGGUAGGUCAGCGGUUACCGACCGGAAUGGGUGCGAAUUUUGAACCACCGUGUUAAAAAUAAGAUAAUUUUGGAGCAUGCCAGUAGUGUCACUAUAUCUUGCCCUUCUCCAUUAUUCUGGAAAUCUGAUAUUUAAAUUCAAAGCUGUAAAAUACAAAUGGCCUGUAAUGGAGAAAACAAUAAAAUUAAAUGAAAAUUAAAUAAAUAAAUCUAAAAAUUGCCACGGUGAUAACUGUUCUAUCCGUAAGUAGUGUAGUACCUUCACACAUCUCCCCGGAAUUCGAAUCUUUACUUUAGAAAUAUUAUAGAUGUGCAUAAAUUAAGGAGAUAACAAAUGAAAGCAAAAAUAAUCUUUAAAGGUUUUAAACUAAACGUUUUAAUUCUCACCGAUUUCUCACUGAGUUAAGAUCGGGAAAGGUUGUUAUAUCGUCAUUUAAUAUGAAGCAAAAAGGUGUUAGAAUCCAGGAGAACAGUGUUAUAAUAAAUGAAGAGAAGAGAUUGCUCGUUACAGUGCAAUAGAAUGUAAAUAUCUUUGUGAAAAAAAUAAGUAAACAGAUAAAUAAAUAAACACAAUAUACAGUGUAGAUAUAUCCUCUUUCAUCAGACGCCUGUUCUUUGAGACCAUGCCAAAAUGGAGGAAACUGCACGGUUAACGACAGUAGCAGCUACAUCUGUGAAUGUCCUUUUGGAAUUGGAGGCCAGCACUGUACCGAAGGUAUCAGUUAUUGUUCUUGAAAUAUAUUUAACCACUCAACUUACGUAGUUUAAUACGACAAGUGUGCUUAGUCAUGAAAUUGACACUUCCUUAAAAUAACUUGGAACAAUAUCGACAAACUGAGGGACAAAAGUGAUGAGACACUUCCAUAUAGAAAUGUCCAUACCCUACCCUUGUGUUACCCUGUGUUACCCCCUGUGCAUGACUGGGUGUGCUCCAGCAUACCUAACAUCAAAUUUCAUAGAAAGAUCGGCCGUUUCGAAAAGGACAUGUUGAGAAUACCACUUUUCUGCACCAGCACAAAUUCACUGCGCUGUUUUUUAGCGCACACAGAACGAGCACAGCACCUAUCUGCUGAAAAUGGGCAGCACUGCCCUUUGCAGAUCAGACAUUUAAAUUUAGAUUCCGCACUGCUAGUAGCCAAAGGUCCUUCGAAUAUAGAGCGACGUUCCGUUGGAGUAAGUUGCAACCAGAGCUCAACUAAGCGAAUCCGUUAAAAGGUUUAAUUGUCAACUUAGACGACUUGUUCUGGACACCACCUUUAGUUAGUUAAAUACCUUUCGUGUUUUUAGCUUUUUGUGUUUAAUAUUAUUAAUGUAACAUUGACUCUCAAAAGCCCUGAGGGGACGAGCCUAUUAAAUUAUUACGUAUGCAUGUACCCUACUCCUUUCCCAAACCAAUGUUGAACUUUCGACCGUCGAUUUUUCACUCUGAACUGUCUUAGCAUUGAUUCGGGGGAUGGGAGAUUGACGGCCUUUAAGAUAAGUUGUUUGAUAAAUUAAACUGUCCAUAAAAGCGUUUUACACAAGUCUGUCAAACGCUCUUUGUUACUGAUUGUAGCCGCAAGCCUAAAGAAUUUCUCAACACUUUAACUAGUACUUUGUUUUAGCAGUUGUAUUAAUAUUUUCUUAUCAGCUCUUUUUAUGGCUUGUUACUGAUGUUACGAGGAACCUUAAAACUUAGUUUCUAAAGAAAACGAUUUUAGGCAGUAUUGUAUAUAGCGAAAUAUCUUACGGUACGUUUAGCUGGAGGUCAUCAUUUUUAUUGUCCCCAACAGACUUAGUGAAUGAUUGUGAUUCAUCACCUUGCAUACAUGGUGGGACUUGUACCGACGGCUUAGGAAGUUUUGAUUGUGAGUGUCCACAGGAUUAUGCUGGUCGCCAGUGUGAAUUAGGUAAGACAAAUUACGCUUUUUAUCUUGUAACUAAAACUCAAGGUCAAGGCCAUGACUUAAAAAUUACGUUACUUCGCAGAAAUGGCCAUUUACUUUGUUUUACUCGACCCUAUAAUAUAUUAAUUAAAGCAAAGUCAAAAGCGAAGUGCUGGUGGGAUCUUUGAAGAAAUGUCUGUCUGGAGUCAAUAAUUAAAAACUUUCGUCAUAAGAAAGAAGCAAACUGAAGCUUUCCUGAAAAACAAUGGACUUGAGUCAGCAAUCAAUUGAAAUCCGAUAACUAGUCAGCAUCACCUUAUUAUAGAAAUUACACACGUAAGCCCACUAUUCAUGACUAUUCAGGCGAGUUACACUGGUCAGCGGAUACGCUAUUUAAACAGGUAGGUACUGUCAGUUGACCAUAACAUGGAUGUCCAUUAUCAAGUUAAAAACAUAUUUUACGGAUAUGUCUAGCUCGAAAGUGUGACAUUUGACAUCCGCUAACAUAUUGGGCUUACGGAUGGGCGAUUUUAUUGCAGGGGGUGUUCUACUGCGCAUGGGCAUGGUAUUAACUACUUUACUUUACUUUUGUAUUAAUAGCUUGUGUUUCACAAACAUUUAACCUGGUGUUCGUCGUUGACGGAUCAGGAAGUAUAGAGGACCAAGAAAAAGGAAACUUUCAGCGUGCAAAAGACUUCAUUAUUGAAAUAGUAAAGUCUUUUAACAUCGAAAAAGACGCAACACAAGUAGCACUAGUGCUUUACAAUAGUAACCCGGACGUUGUCUUUCAAUUCAAAUACAACUUUGAUGACAUAGAGGAAGAGAUCCAAGAAAUGGAUUACCCAGGCGGAGGUACAAAGACAGGCAAAGCACUAGACAAAGUACGCAAUUAUGUCUUUAAAAAAUUGAAGAAAGACCGCGAAGAUCUUCCAAAGGUCGUUGUGGUAGUGACUGACGGACGUUCUCAAGAUAACGUAGCAGUACCCGCUCAGCAGCUUCGCGAUGAUGGUGCAACUAUUAUUAGUCUUGGGGUUGGUUGCUGCUUUGACGAGGAUGAACUCAACGAAAUGGCUACUGAUCCCGAUGAAAAACACGUUUUAGAAGCAAGUUUUUCAGAAUUGGAUAAAUUCAAAGAUGCAAUGAAAGAACAGAUUUGCGCUGGUGAGUUUUUUUGCUAGAAUAUCUUGGAUUCUACCAUAUAUUUAACACUGGACUCUUAAUUCUUGUCAUCUUUAUCAACAACGCUAAGGGCAUCAUCAUUAAUAUCAUCAUUAUCGUCAUCGUUGUCGUCAUCGUUGUCGUCAUUAUUGUCAUCAUCAUCAUCAUCAUCAUCAUCAUCGUCAUCAUUAAGAGUAUAAGAAGAGAUACGGUGAAAGAGGCAGUCGUUCACGAGGCACCGCAGCUUUUAAUGACGUUUUUUUCGUUAUUUACUGAUAUGAAAUUUCUUUUUACUUGUUAUAUUCAGCGGUUGACUUUUUUUCUAGUAUCGUUGUCGUCAUUAUCAUCAUCAUCACUCAUCAUCAUCAUCAUAUCAUCAUCAUCGUCAUCAUUAAGAGCAUAAGAAGAGAUAAGAUGCAAGCGGCAGUCGCGAGGCAUCGCAGCUUUUAAUGACGUUUUGUUUCCUUGUGUACUGAUAUGUAAGUCCUUUUUAUUUGUUAUUUUUAGCGGUUGACUUUUGUUCCAGUAACCCUUGCCUGAAUAACGGGACGUGCACCAGUUUAACAAGUGAUUUCCAAUGUCAGUGUACACCUGGUUGGCAAGGAAAAGACUGCAGCAAGGGUUGGUACAACAUGUCUUUAAACAACUGAUCCGUGUCCACCUUAUGAGUUUAAGCUAACCUUUUACUCUGAUAUUUAUUUGUUUUUGUUCGUUUAGAUAUUGAUGAGUGUGCUAUUAACAGCACUCAGUGCGGGGAUAAACAAGUUUGUCAUAACUUCCCUGGUGGAUUUACAUGCCUUGGUAGGUCAGCAGUUACCGAGUGGAAUGGUUGCAAAUUUUGAACCACCGUGUUAAAAAUGAAAUAAGUUUAAGUAACUAAAAUUGUCAUUUAAUCAAAGAGCAUGCCAGUAGUUUCAUUAUAUUACCCUUCUCCAUCUAUUCUGGUAAUCUAAUAUUUAAACUCAAAUCUGUAAAAUAUAAAUCGCUUGUAAUAUAACAUACAUGGAGAAAACAUUAAAAUUAAAUGAAAAUUAAAUAAAUGAAUCUAACAACCGCCACGGCGAUAACUGUUCUAUCCGUAUGGUAACAUAGUACCUUAUUUAUACAUCGCCCCGGAAUUCGACUCUUUAAUUUAGAAAUAUUUUGGAUGUGCAUCAAUUAAGGAGAUAAUAAAUGGAAGCAACAAUAAUCUUUAAAGGUUUUAAACUAAACGCUUUAAUUUUCACUGAUUUCUCACUGAGUUAAGAUCGCAAAAGGUUGUUAUAUCGUUAUUUGAUAUGAAGCAAAAAAUGUGUUAAAAUCUCGGAAAACAGUGCGAUACAUAAAUGAAGAGAAGAGAUCUUUGCUAGUUACAGUGCAAUAGAAUGUAAAUAUCUUUGUGGAAAAAUCAGUAAAUAGAUAAACAAAUAAAACAAUAUUCCCUGUAAAUAUUUCCUCUGUCAUCAGACGCCUGUUCUUUGAGACCAUGCCAAAAUGGAGGAAACUGCACGGUUGACGACAGUAGCAGCUACAUCUGUGCAUGUCCUUUGGGAAUUGGAGGCCAGAACUGUACCGAAGGUAUCAGUUAUUGUUCUUGAAAUAUAUUUAACCACUCAACUUACGUAGUUUAAUACGACAAGUGUGCUUAGUCAUGAAAUUGAUACUUCCUUAAAAUAACUUGGAACAAUAUCGACAAACUGAGGGACAAAAGUGAUGAGACACUUCCAUAUAGAAAUGUCCAUCCCCUACCCUUGUGUUACCCUGUGUUACCCCUGUGCAUGACUGGAUGUGCUACAGCAUAAUUAACAUCAAAGUUCAAAGAAAGAUCGGCCGUUUCGACAAGGACCAGGAAGUCGAACAUGUUGAGAAUGCCACUUUUCUGCACCAGCACAAAUUCACUGCAGUGUUUUUUAGCGCACAUAGCAUGAGCUCAGCACCUCUCUACUGAAGAUAGGCUGCACUGCCCAUUGCAGAUCAGACGUUUAGAUUAACACUUUAAGUAGUACUUUGUUUUAGCUUGUACUAAUAUUUUCUUUUCAGCUCUUUUUAUGGCUUGUUAAUGAUUGUACGAGGAACCUUAAAACUUAGUUUCUAACGAAAACUAUUUUAGGCAGUAUUUUAUAUAGCGAAAUAUCUUACGGUACGUUUAGCUGGAGAUCAUCAUUUUUAUUGUCCCCAAAAGACUUAGUGAAUGAUUGUGAUUCAUCACCUUGCAUACAUGGUGGGACUUGUACAGACGGUCUCGGAAGGUUUGAGUGUCAGUGUCCACAGGAUUAUGCUGGUCGCCAGUGUGAAUUAGGUAAGGUAGAUUGCGUUUUUUUUUACCUUGCAAGAAAACUCAAGAUCGUGGCCAUGACUUAAAAAUUACGAUUCUUUGCAAAAAGCGCCACUUACUUUGUUUUACUCGACCCUGUAAGAAAUUGAUUAAAGCAAACUAAAAAGCGAAGUGCUCGUGGGAUCUUUGAAGAAAUAUCUGUCUCGAGUAAUUAAACUUUCUUCAUUAGAAAGAGGCAAACUGAAGCUUUCCUGAAAAACAAUGGACUUGAGUCAGCAACCAAUUGAAAUCCAAUACCUAGGCAGCAUCACCUUGUUAUGGAAAUUACACCCGUAAGCCCAGUAUUCAUGACUAUACAGGCAAGUUACACUGGUCAGCGGAUACGCUAUUUAAACAGCUUUCAGUUGACCAUAACAUGGAUGUCCAUUAUCAAGUUAAACACAUAUUUUACUGAUAUGUCCAGCUCGAAAGUCUGACAUUUCACAUCCGCUAACAUAUUGGGCUUACGGAUGGGCGAUUUUGUCGCAACCAAGAUUUCUUGGUUGCAUAGAUGACAAAAUUGUAUUGCAGAUGGUGUUCUACUACGCAUGCGCAUGGCAUUAACUCCUUUACCUUACUUUUGUAUUAAUAGCUUGUGCUUCACAAACAUUUAACCUGGUGUUCGUCGUUGACGGAUCAGGAAGCAUAGAGAACCAAGAAAAAGGAAACUUUCAGCGUGCAAAAGACUUCAUUAUUGAAAUAGUUAAGUCUUUUAACAUCGAAAAAGACGCAACACAAGUAGCACUAGUGCUUUACAAUAGUAACCCGGACGUUGUCUUUGAAUUCAAAUACAACUUUGAUGACAUAGAGGAAGAGAUCCAAGAAAUGGAUUACCCAGGCGGAGGUACCAAUACAGGCAAAGCACUAGACAAAGUACGCAAUUAUGUCUUUAAAAAAUUGAAGAAAGAUCGCGAAGAUCUUCCAAAGGUCGUUGUGGUAGUGACUGACGGACGUUCUCAAGAUAACGUAUCAGUACCCGCUCAGCAGCUUCGCGAUGAUGGUGCAACUAUUAUUAGUCUUGGGGUUGGUUGCUGCUUUGACGAGGAUGAACUCAACGAAAUGGCUACUGAUCCCGAUGAAAAACACGUUUUAGAAGCAAGUUUUUCAGAAUUGGAUAAAUUCAAAGAUGCAAUGAAAGAACAGAUUUGCGCUGGUGAGUUACCUGUUAGAAUAUCUUGGAUUCUACUACGUAUUUAACACUGGGCUCUUAAUUCUUGUCAUCUUUAUCAACAACGCUAAGGGCAUCAUCAUUAAUAUCAUCAUCAUCGUCAUCGUUGUCGUCAUUAUUCUCAUCAUCAUUAUCAUUAUCAUUAUCAUUAUCAUCAUCAUCAUCAUCGUCAUCAUCAUCAUCAUCAUCAUCAUCAUCAUCAUCAUCGUCGUCAUCAUUAAGAAUAUAAGAAGAGAUACGAUGGGAGAGGCAGUCGUUCACGAGGCAUCGCAGCUUUUAAUGACGUUUUUUUCGUUAUUUACUGAUAUGUAAUUUCUUUUUACUUGUUAUUUUCAGCGGUUGACUUUUGUUCCAGUAACCCUUGCCUGAAUAACGGGACAUGCACCAGUUUAACAAGUGAUUUCCAAUGUCAGUGUACACCUGGUUGGCAAGGAAAAGACUGCAGCAAGGGUUGGUACAACAUGUCUCUAAACAACGGAUCCGUGUCCACCUUACAGGAUUAAUCUGCCCUUUUACUCUGCUAUUUAUUUGUGUUUGUUCUUUUCGUUAUCGAUGAGUGUGCAAUUAACACCACUCAGUGCGGGGAUAACCAAGUGGAUUUACGUGGCUAGGUCGGUUAGCGGUCACCGAGCGGAAUGGCCACGAAUUUUGAACCGCCGCGUUAAAAAGAUAAUAUUUUAAGUCUUUUCGGGGUUUUUCCCCCAUUUUAAUUAACUAGUGAUAGAGGGAAACGGAAACAGCAGAGAUAUAUUCCAGAAAAAAAAACAGAACAAAACAAAACAAAAAAAAAACUUUGAAACAUUUGUAGAAGAGCCGCUGGCACAACUGAGUGAAAGGCUAAAGCAAAUUAUUCUCGAAAGGAACGUGAACUUUAAAGCUAAUGCUCACCUGAAUGAAACAGCCUUAGAUAAUAUCCAGUCAAUUUAAAACCCUAGAUGGAAAGCUACCUUGACAUAAGCAGCUUGCAAAUCUCGGGUUACUAUAUUAUAACUGACAGUCGCUCGUUUUCAACAGCCGACAACACGUUGUAUAGACCACAAUUUUUCUACCUACGUGACUUCAAGUACAAGUGGUAGCAUUGCUCUGGAAAUAGCUGAUCAUCUACCGGUGAAAAGACAACUCAAAAUUGUUUAACGAAAAGAACACUUUGUUACUAUCAUCUUGCUCAGUAUUUAUCACUGCCAUCCCGACCCGUAUGUUUUAUAUUUAUUAUAUUUAUUAAUUCUAAAUUUUUCCCUUUUGUUCUUUUAUUCUUUGUAACACUGUAGUUUAAUCCAAGGGCAUGUCUGAUUUCGACAGCUGUCAAUUUAUCUUUAUGCGGAUGCCUUUCAUUACUGACAGGAUAAAUAAAGUCAUGUCAUUUUGUGCAAGAUCUAAUGUGGCAAUUGGCAUCGGCUUACAUGUAAUGUGUGAGCGGGCGGGCAGGCGUACGCUACAUCAAAACCAAACUUUGUUGCGUCCAUACUGCGCCUGACUUUAAUCAUCUGUGUUUCCGUCUCAGGCGAUAAUGAUGACGAUGAUGGUGUCUCAGGUUCAGGCUCAGACUCAGGCUCAGGAUCACACUCAGGAUCACGGUCAGGGUCAGGGUCAGACUCAGGCUCAGGCUCAGGCUCCGACUCAGGGUCAGGUUCAGGAUCAGACUCAGGCUCAGGCUCAGGGUCGCACUCAGGCUCAGGCUCAGGCUCCGACUCAGGGUCAGGUUCAGGGUCAGAGCUCAGGCUCAGGCUCAGGCGAUGGCUCAGACGAUGGCUCAGGCGAAGGCUCAGGCGAUGGCAAUGGCGAUGGCUCAGGCGAUGACGAUGACGAUGAUGAUGCUGAUGGUAAUGGUGAUGAUGAUGAUGACGAUGAUACAGGGCUGCGCGGAGAUACAAAAUUUCUCCUCGAGUGUUUCAACACGGGAAGAGAAACGUCAUAUCUCCAAGCGGCCAUGUAAUGUCUUGUUUAUUAUAACAACAAUGAAAUGCCUAACUAUUUCAUUUUUGAACAGUUUUUUGCUGCAUAAGAAGCGGAUUUUUAUGUAGCCAUAGCAACGGUGAUCUUUUCACAUCUGAGAAAAACAUGUUAUUUUCACAUGUGAAGAUAUCAUGUUUUCGCACGAAAGCUCACCUGGUAUUUCAUUUGUGUUUAUAUAAUAAGAAUUUGUAUUAUAUUCCUUUAGUUUUACUUCUUGUGCUAGCUCUUCGCCGUCAAAGCAAAUUCCCAAAGUUGCAGAAUCUCUUCAUUGGCUUCUCCACGAGUUUUAAACGAUUUUAACUUUUUUUUUUGAUAGAUAUUUUUGGAAUAACGAUGUCAGAUCCUGCAUAUCAGAUUUAUUGUUAGUCCUUUGCAAAAUGCAAGAGAGAGCAAUCUCUUAUUUAGGAGUAUCUUACUUUGUUUUACAGUGAAGUUACCAUGCUAUGAUAGCCCUUGCAAAAACAACGGAACAUGUCACCCUCAUUCAGAUAACUACACCUGUGAAUGUCUUCCAGGUUUUAUGGGGGAACAGUGUCAAGGUACCUUAGUGUUUUUUUAUAUAAAACUUAAAAAAAUUACUUGGUUCCUGGAUAGAUAUUUGAUAUUUGAUAGAUAUUUUUUGGAAUAACGAUGUCAUAUCCUGCAUAACAGAUUUAUUGCUAGUCCUUCGCAAAAUGCAAGAGAGAGCAAUGUCUUAUUUAGGAAUAUCUUACUUUGUUUUACAGUGAAGUUACCAUGCUAUGAUAGCCCUUGCAAAAACAACGGAACAUGUCACCCUCAUUCUGAUAACUACACCUGUGAAUGUCUACCAGGUUUUACGGGGGGAAAGUGUCAAGGUACCUUAGUGUUUUUUAUAUAAAACUUAAAAAAUUACUUGGUUCCUGGAUAGAUAUUUGAUACUUGAUAGAUAUUUUUUGGAAUAACGAUGUCAUAUCCUGCAUAUCAGAUUUAUUGUUAGUCCUUCGCAAAAUGCAAGAGAGAGCAAUGUCUUAUUUAGGAAUAUCUUACUUUGUUUUACAGUGAAGUUACCAUGCUAUGAUAGCCCUUGCAAAAACAACGGAACAUGUCACCCUCAUUCUGAUAACUACACCUGUGAAUGUCUACCAGGUUUUAUGGGGGAACAGUGUCAAGGUACCUUAGUGUUUUUUAUAUAAAACUUAAAAAAAUUACUUGGUUCCUGGAUAGAUAUUUGAUAUUUGAUAGAUAUUUUUUGGAAUAACGAUGUCAUAUCCUGCAUAACAGAUUUAUUGCUAGUCCUUCGCAAAAUGCAAGAGAGAGCAAUGUCUUAUUUAGGAAUAUCUUACUUUGUUUUACAGUGAAGUUGCCAUGCUAUGAUAGCCCUUGCAAAAACAACGGAACAUGUCACCCUCAUUCUGAUAACUACACCUGUGAAUGUCUACCAGGUUUUAUGGGGGAAAAGUGUCAAGGUACCUUAGUGUUUUUUAUAUAAAACUUAAAAAAUUACUUGGUUCCUGGAUAGAUAUUUGAUACUUGAUAGAUAUUUUUUGGAAUAACGAUGUCAUAUCCUGCAUAUCAGAUUUAUUGUUAGUCCUUCGCAAAAUGCCAGAGAGAGCAAUGUCUUAUUUAGGAAUAUCUUACUUUGUUUUACAGUGAAGUUACCAUGUUAUGAAAGCCCUUGCAAAAACAACGGAACAUGUCACCCUCAUUUUGAUAACUACACCUGUGAAUGUCUACCAGGUUUUAUGGGGGAACAGUGUCAAGGUACCUUAGUCUUUUUUAUAUAA